CCCUAAGUUUUGCUUUCCCUUCUCUCUCUCUCUCUAGAUUUUGUGCUCCCUCACUGGCACUUGAGCUCCCCACUUCCAAAGCUAGAGCGAGAAACACCCAGAAAAUGGCCAUCAAACCUCCUCUCCUCCUCCUCCUCCUCUCUCUCAUCGCCACCUCCGCCUCUCUCUCCUCCGCCCACAACAUCACAGAGAUGCUCUCCGCCUUUCCUGAUUACUCUCUCUACAACUCCUACCUCACCCAGACCAAGCUCUGCGACGAGAUCAACACUCGCCAAACCCUAACAGUCUUCGUCCUCAACAAUGCUGCCAUGUCGGCCCUCGCGAAGCACCCGCUCUCUGUCGUCAAGAACGUUCUCUCUCUCCUGAUCGUCCUCGACUACUUCGACAACCAGAAGCUCCACUCCAUCACCGACGGCUCAAUGCUCUCCACCACCCUCUACCAGACCACCGGCGAUGCCAAGGGGAACUUCGGCUUCGUCAACAUCACCGAUCUCAAGGGCGGCAAGGUAGGGUUCGGCUCUGCCGCCCCUGGUUCGCCACUGGAUUCGACUUACACAAAGAGUGUGAAGCAAGUGCCGUACAACAUAUCAGUAAUGGAGAUCAGUGCGCCCAUUAUUGCGCCUGGGUUGCUCUCGGCUCCGGCACCUUCGGUCUCUCAGGUUAAUCUGACUGCAACCCUAGAAAAGGCGGGGUGUAAAAUCUUCGCCUCUCUUCUCGCUAGCUCAGGGGUUCUCAAGAAUUAUCAGGACGCCAUGGAUAAGGGCCUAACCAUUUUAGCUCCCAACGAUGAGGCCUUCAAGAAGCCCGAAGUGCCGGAUACCGCCGGCAUGCGGGUUGCGCAGCUCGUGUCUCUGCUUGAGUACCAUGCGCUUCCCAGCUACAGCCCCCCGGGUGCCCUAAAGGCCGCUACCGGCCCCGUCUCGACCCUUGCCAGCGGCGUGCGGAAGUUUGCCUUCCGAGUUGCCACUUCCGGCGACGAGGUGACGCUCGACACUGGGGUCGACAAGUCGAGAAUAGCGAGCACGGUUCUGGACGACGCCCCGCUCUGCAUCCUGACGGUAGACAAUGUGCUAUUGCCCGAAGAACUUUUCCCACACGCGCCGGCUUCAGCCCCAAGUCCCGUCCCGGUCAGUGCGCCGGCCCCAAGCCCAGUGGCUGAGGCACCGAGCCCAGUUGCAGAGGUGCCUGCGCCGGCUGCAGCAUCACCUCCAGCUCCAACGGCUGCCGGGUCCGAAGCCUCACCUUCGGAGGCGCCUGCCGAAUCCGCAGACUCGAAGGGGGCUUCUUCUGGGGACAAAGCGAGGCCACUCUGUACGGCUGCUGCUCUGGUUUUCGGAUCUUUUGCUUGCUUCUUACUAUUGUUGUUGUAGUUGGGUGGUUUUUCGAGCUUGGUUUUCUCUCUUCGGGUGGUUUCAUUUGUGUUCAUGAGUUUCAUUACUUAUUCUCUCUCCUCUCUCUCAUGUUUUUGAGUCCCUUUUGUUACUCUCCAUUUUGGUUCUCUGUGUGUAAUUUUCAUGUUGGGGUUUUUGAGUGGGGGCUGUAAUGGCUGAUUUUGGUUAUUUAUGUACUUGUAUUCCAUGGAUGUAUGUCCGCCACUGGUUUUUAGUGUUGUGGCUCUGGUUUGCUUCACCAGGGGAAGAAGAGACAUUAUCACCAUUUUUACAUUGUUAGCGUUCGAAUUCUUGAGUUUUUGUUCAUGGGUUUUAGUGUUGUGGCUCUGGUUUUGUCUCACCAGAGGAAGAAGAGACAUUAUCACCAUUUUUACACUGUUA